UAAUUUAAGUUGUAUAAAAAAGUUCAAGUUCAUAUAUGGACAUUACGAAUUUUAUUUUGUAAACUAUUUUGAAGUGAUGUAAACUGUCUUACUGGAAAUAACACUCAAUUCGAAUUUAUUUAAUAAUAAAUUUUAUGUAGAACAUAAAAUAAUAAACUUUUAUUGCUAACGUGUACAAAUAAAUUUAGGUAUCUCAAAAUUAACCUAAAAAACGUAUAUACAUAUAUAUACUUUGGCAACUAAAUAAUCCGGGUUCUUUCGUUGAUUGGGUGAAAAACAUGUGUCAAAAGUGAAUUUCCUGUGAAUCUCAAAUUUUGUUGAUACUUGAUUUUUAAAAAAUUAUAAACAUGGCCUUGAGGCGACCGAAGAAGAAUUUGAAACUUCAAGUUUCUACAGAAGCUCCUGUCCCUUUGACGCCACCAAGAAAUCUAGAUAAGAGAACAACAAUAACAAUAGAUGAAAAGACAUUUGUUGUUGAAGCUGAUGACCUCGAAACGUUAUGUACUUUGGGCAGAGGGGCCUAUGGAGUCGUGGAUAAAAUGAAGCAUAAACAGAGUGGCACUAUCAUGGCCGUAAAGAGAAUUGCAGCUACUGUGAACACACAAGAACAGAAACGACUAUUAAUGGAUCUAGAUAUUUCAAUGAGGAGUUCGGCUUGUCCUUACACUGUUCAAUUUUAUGGAGCACUGUUUCGAGAAGGUGAUGUAUGGAUUUGUAUGGAAGUGAUGGAUAUGAGUCUUGACAAAUUCUACAUGAAAGUCUACCAAAAUGGACGAUCAAUUCCAGAAGAUAUCUUAGGAAAUAUUGCCUUUGCAGUAGUAAGUGCACUACAUUAUUUGUAUUCACAAUUAAGAGUUAUUCACAGAGAUGUAAAACCUAGUAAUAUAUUAAUAAAUAGAAAGGGAGAAGUGAAAAUCUGUGACUUUGGAAUUUCUGGAUAUCUAGUUGACUCCGUAGCAAAAACAAUUGACGCUGGUUGUAAACCUUACAUGGCUCCAGAGAGGAUAGAUCCGUCAGGAAAUCCUUCACAGUACGAUAUUAGAUCUGAUGUCUGGUCUCUAGGAAUAUCACUUGUGGAAUUGGCGACUGGGAAAUUCCCUUACAAAACUUGGGGAACUCCUUUUGAACAACUUAAACAGGUCGUGAAGGACGAUGCACCUAAAUUACCCGAAGGACAAUUUUCCGACAGUUUUGAGGAAUUAAUUAACAAAUGUUUAAUGAAAGAUUAUAAAUCACGACCGAAUUAUGAUCAAUUACUGCAACAGAGUUUUAUAAUAAAUCACGCCGAGAAGGAGACGGAUGUUGCAACAUUCGUUGCGGAGAUCAUUGAUUUACCUGAAAAAAAUGAGACUAAAUAGUAAAAUAUUGUAAUAAUUUUCACCUACGUACGUUGAAUUUACAUCACCACAUUGUCACCUCAUUUGAUUCUCACCUAAAUUAAAGUUUUAUUUGCAUCAGUCAAAUUUACGUAGCAUUAGAGAUCGCCAAGAAGAUCAAAUCAAAUUCUGAUCCUGUAAUCAAAAUAUUUAAUUAUUCGUUAUAUAUGUAUGUAGUUAAUUUUCUUUUGUGAAGAAAGAGUUUUCUCCCCGGUUAUAUUACAUAUUUAACCCGAGAGAAAAAUUUAAAAAUGCAUGACCUAAAUUAUUUUGAUACUGCCAACAGGAAAAAACUUAAUUUUCUGCUCAAAAUGGCCUCCGAAAGACAGAGAAAGAGUCUUGAGAAAAUUUUAAUGAAGAAUAUUUUAUCAAUAAUUUUUGUCUUAUAUUCUGUAAGCUGCGUAGACAUUUAUAAUUUUUUGUAGAUAUAGCAUAUUUACAAUCUUUGAUAUACAAAUAUGUAAUACCUUGAUUUCAAUAAACGAAAAAUCAAAAAUCGAA